CCCAUGCAGACGGAUAGCAUGGCUAGGCGGGAAACCAUAUGGUUUUUGCAUUUGGCUUGAUGUCUCCUUCUUCAACAAACUGUUGCACCCAGCGACUGACUACUACAAUUUGCUGCAAAUUCAUCCAGCUCUUCUUCUCAUCUUCAGUGGAUUUCUCGUGGUUAUUCCGCUUCACAAGAAAGCUGGAUUCUGUUGUUUCGAGGAUGAGUUACCUGAUUUGACCAUCAGUUGUGAAGAUGUCUUCAUCGAAAAAGAGACCGCCGCCUUCUGUAAACGGCAAUGGGCGGCAGGGAACGCAGCCAGUGCUUCGCAGACGUGUAGAUCAGCAGAAAGAGAGUGAUUGCUUCGUUAAAUUAUUGUCAGAAGCUGGCUGCAGAUUAUCAUCUGAUGGGCCGAUACAAUUGUCCCGCGAACUUCAGCAACGUCUCGAGCUUCGGCUAGCCAGAGAUUCAUCACUUGUUGGUCCUUUUCUAGCUGGAUUUCAAUCGCAUAUCGAGAACGGGGAAGAUUUGCACAGGGUGUUAAUGCCGAUGACAAGAAUUAGCAACUAUGCCGAGUCUCGCCCUGGUGUAAGUCUGGCUCGAACUUUGUUAUGCAUUUCCCCUAUACAGACCGCAGUGGCCAACAUCUUGCUAGAAAAACUUCCUGAGCACAUAGGAGAAGACGCCAGCUCAACCAGUACCCUGCCUGCUCUCAUGGACAGCAUACCAAGACUCAUAUUGAACCAAUUCAAGUGGCUAAAUUUCCUUGUGGAUAGUAAGAGCCUUACAGAGAAACUGCUCGAGGUGUUGACGAUAUGCCCACUGGCACUGAAGAAAGAGAUCAUCUCGUUUCUUCCGGAAGUUAUUGUGGAUGCAGAUCACGAGAUGGUGAUGCAGGCGUUAGAGCAAAUGUUACAGGAAGAUUUGCAGCUUGUAGUUCCAGUGUUGGACGCCUUUUCGAAUAUGAAUCUUGAGCCUGAACUUUUUGAGCAGGUUGUCACCGUUGCAGUGUCCAGCUUACGAACAGCAGAUGCUGAAGACUUACCGCUUGUUAUUAAGUUUUUGCUUCAAUCUGCAACGAGCACUAAUGUCAAGCUGAUCAUCGAACAAUUGCGCGAACAUCUUCAGUUUGUUACGAUCUCCGAUGUGCGUUCAUCUAAGCCUGAUCGGAAACAAAAGGGAUUGGUGAGCGCUCCGAAUUGUGAAGCACUAAUUCUUGAGGCUAUUCGAUCAGGGCUUCGAUUGCAGAAUAUCGCAUGUGAAGCAGUCCUCAAGGAGAUUCGAGGUCUUGAAGGUGUUCAAAGGCAUAAAGUGGUAGACAUAUGGUUGUUACUGAUUAUUCAUGCGAAUGGAGCUCCACAUCGCAAAGCUGCGGAAUCCUUGUUGAAACGGAAAGUAAUUCAAGGUGAAUUUACACCAUUGUUGAUCAGGCUGUGUGUGCAUGGUCGUGGAGAGUCUCUACAGGAUUAUUUCAAAACUUUGUUGUCAGUUGGUGAUAGUUUCUUGAGGAGUCCCGAAGUAGCCACGCAUGAAUUUGGCACUCAGGUGUACACGCUUCUCUAUGAAGAAUUUGCUGGCGACUUUUUUAGGCGAGAGGUGUUGGGAUCACUCAUCACUCACAUCGGAUCCGGUAUUUCCACUGAGAUUGGGGCUGCAUUGCAUACUCUAUGGUUAAUUGCAAAAAGAAAACCUCAGGAGCUGCUGCCAAUGUCGACGUUCUUGAAUGGUAUUCUGGACUAUUUGGAAGGUUUUCAAGACACACAUCUUCACCAGGUUUAUAGUAUAUUUUGCCAUAUCGCGAUGGCUGCUCGAGAGCGAAGAGGGGCUUCUGGUGGUACUUCUGUUGCAGACGAUUUACUUAUAAUAGUGCGCAAGCAGAUUUCCAACCCAGAUCUAAAAUACAAGCGGAUGGGAGUCAUUGGAGUGACUAGUCUUGUUACUUGCUUGGGUAGUAAAGCAAGUGAGGAGGAUGCACUUGCCAGAGAAGGGAUGGCUGACGAGGAAUCCAACCUCAAAGAAGCAGUGACACUUCUACAAAUGACCAUGGAUGCAUGCAAAACGUCACCUGUUGCUCGUGCUUAUUUUUAUGAUGAGCUGUCCAACCAGUUGGAAGCCUCUGUUUUGCAUCCCUCAAUCAUAGAAUGGGUGGUUGUUCAGACUGAAGAAUUUUCUACAGUUUAUCUUGGGGAUCUUGAAGGAGGGAAGCUGCCUGCUGCACAGGAUGUUUGCGAGCCAGUCGAAGGUGAAGUAUGGAUGAACCUGGAUGGUGAUAUGUCACCUAUUAUACUUAAUAUACUGCCUAUGCUAACAUCAUCUUCUGAUAAGAGCUUGGCACAAUCAUUGCUGUACCUGUUUGCCAAUAUUCGUCUGCUUGCUGUGGCAGAGCGUGCGACAAAUAGUGGCUCGCUGGGUGGGAUUGAUGCACUCCUUGGAUGUCCACUGUAUCUUCCGAAGCAUGAGCUGCUUCUAGGCGAACAAUGGGUCGGGCUGUCCAGGAAUUGCAAAGAGAUUUGCUGCCUUUCAUUGUUCUACGCUAUCAACUGGAUUAGAGAACUGAUAAAUGCGUUCUCUACCCAGAUUCAAGCACGGUUAGAUGACUGCGAUUUACAACUGACACUGGAAGAGACUACCACAAAACUUUUCAAGCGACUUCGAAAUUUGUUGUGUUUGGAGCAGCGAUUGAAUGAAUGCCUGAAAGCCGUGCCUAAUCUGUCCUUCCCCCAGCUUCAUUUUCUCACUGAUGACUUUGUUGGUGACAAGUAUGAGAAAAAGGAAAGCAAUCCAUCCAAGGAUACACAAAAGGCUGGUCAGAAACGGAUGCCUAAGUUAUCCAAGAAAGAAAAAGGGAACGUGAAAGGAGCUAAAGAUCCUAACGCAGGAGAUGGCAACACUCAGGACUCUCAACGGUCUCAACAAGGCCAGCCAGCUGGAACUCUCACAACGGCCGCAGAGGCUCCACAGAAAUCUGGCACAACCAUUGAUGCGGCGAAGGAAACUGUGCCAUGGAAUGGUAGCUUGCUUGAUGAGCAGAGGUGGAAGUGUCGAGCACUCACUCUGACAUGUACUGCUAUUUUAUCGAUGCCUGAGGGUACAGUUACUGCGUGCUGUGCUGAUUCCGCCUGCCAGCUUCCCCUUUAUCUGUAUCUCUUACGAGAUUUAUACAAUAAACUGGAUAUUUCUUUAGAGCAACCAACUCGAAAAUUGGCUCCUUGGAUAGUUGCCGCGCCUAUUCCGAAGGUACCAUCUGGCUUGGGAUCCUUAGUUGCUACUGACGUUCUGAAAAGAUUACAAACUGUGUUUCCAAGCUUGAAGAGGCACCUGAAUUCUGCCAUUUCACAACUUCGUCAAGAGGAAGAACAUGCAGCUUUCGAAGAACACUGGAUGGUACAGUCCACGGCUGCAGGCAAUCCGGUAGGACUGGUCCCUUGUGUCUCCUCCAAGGAAACUGCCCAGUCUUUCCUGAUGAUUACCUUACGAUGUUUAGGCAAGGUUUUGGCUUAUCCAGAUCUUACUCUGCCGACUAAUUACCCUGUAUUUAAGGAAUUAAUUUCGGCUUUCAGCUCAGUUGAGGGUGCUAAUGAAUUAGCAGCAGGUCUAUUACCACGACCUCCUACAGGCAGUCUAGAACAUGUAUUCUGUGGCACUUACUCGUUCCUGGACGGCUUGCAUGCUGCAGCUGCUGCGUCAUCACUUGCUGUCGCCACACAAUUAGUGAUGGUUCUCAAAGCACUUGUAGAUUGUGCAAAAGCUUGUGAGAAUCAACCCUCUGACGAAAGGAGACGGCGUUCCAGCUUUGUAAAGAUAGCAGGAUUUCUUCCACUUCUGCGAGCACAAUUGAGUGUUUCAGCUGGCCGGGUGCUGACACAUGACUGGGAUGCAUUCGAACCUUGGAAAAGCAAAGGUGAUAUGCUACAACAGUUACUCCAUUUGCAUAUCAGAUGCAACUCGUCGCCUAUUGAUCUAUUGGAGGAAAUGGCUUGCAACGUCCUACCUCAAGUGCCUACUAAGGGGAGCAAAAUUAACCAAGGAGUAGAGGGCUACCCUGCUCUUUCCUACAGCACAUUUUUGAUAUGGUAUCGUGUGCAGCACGAGGAGGUUCUCGGUCUAUUCGAAGAAGUGAUGAAAGAGGUUCUAUCGCAAAUCAAGUCUAAAAAUCCUCUUGUUAAAGAUGCUGUGGUUGAGCUAUUAACUAGCGCCCAUCACUGUAUUAAAGUCCAUGUGGCACUUGUAAACCUCACCAAGUCCCAUGAAAAGAGUGCCGUGCACGCUGUUGCAGUGAAGUGCGGUGGAAAAUUUGUUGAUACCUUUUUGAAAGGCAUGGAUUUCUUUCAGGCAAAAUUUGAAGCUCAUAAAGAUAUCAUAGUUUCCUCAGUCAAAGAACUUCAAAAAGCCACUCGAAUAGUUCAAACUAUCUGUGCUGAAGCCAAGGGUCACAAAAGGAUGCCUGUGGCUACUAAAGUGCCUGCUGUUAAACGUUCUAUGGAAAAAUUUAUUUUUUGUGUGAAAGCUCUUCUGCACGGUGCAUCAAAUGGCAGUGCAUUUUGGAUGGGUAAUCUGAAACAUAAAGACUUGCAAGGGCGUGAAGUAGCUUCUCAGCUGUAUCCAGAAGCUAACGGCGAUGAAGACGAAGAGGAUGAAGAACAAGAAGAGGAAGAGCAUGAUUCAGACGAGACUGUUGAUGAAAAUGUUGCUUUAGAUGCAGAAGAGCUUUGAAUCCUUUCACAUUUAGAGCUGGUAAAUUGAAGAUUUCAUCGGUCCUAUGAAUUUUUGUAGCCGUUCUUGAUCUGACCGUAAAAGUAUUUUGCGCUUCUCCACCAGAUUGUCACCGUGGUUGAAGGUCCUAGGUAUUUUCCGGCAUUUUACCAACGAUUUUUUCUCAAAACCCCGCAUUCGGUUCCACUCGCCGUGGCCCUAGUGAGGCCUCACGUUCAUAGCAUCCUUGAGGAUUAUCAGGCCAAAUUGACCAUGUGUGGUUGAGUGAGCAUUGUGAGUUGGAACUGGCGUAGUCCAUACCCAACGUAUCUCGAAGUAUAAGUACGUUAGCUUGAACUUGCUAGGUCUCCUUUGGAACUGUCCCGCGAGUUUUGAAUAGGGAGUUCAAACUCAAGACAACAGGAUUUGGGUUUCUGAAAAAUUACCUUGUAGAAUCCUUCACAGAUUACAGAGAUUUAUCCUUCAAGAUUACAGGGAUUUUCACGUUACUUGUAUAUACUCUUUUUUUUUGUGUUGUGAAAUCAAGUAUUCAUUCAUGUUUCCAAUGA